UGGCCAGAGCAGAGUUGCGAAACUGAUCACAUUUCCUGCGAGCCUACAUCAGUCCACUGGGUGUUUUUUGCGGGAUCCGUAAGAAGAAGCUGAGCUUUUUUUGCGUUGUUGGGCCAGAAAGCUCCGUCAGUGAGAGUCCCUGCUGUCUCCUCCGUCCUACAUAAGAAGCGAUGGAUCUGACGGUGUCUAGGAACCUGUCGGUGACGGUGACAGACCACAGCGCGGACAAGCUGCGGGAGAGGCAGCAGAAGCUGAGAGACCGCCUGCAGAAAGUGGAAUCCAAAGUCCUUGGGGUCUCCCAGGUGAUGCUGGGCUUGAUGGUCAUCAGCUACUCCCUGCCUCUGCACCUCACUGAAUACACAGAGGUCAUGACCUUUGGUGUGCCUUGGUGGAGCGCCAUUGUGUUCAUAGUGGCUGGAGCAGUUGCCAUAGAAACCGGAAAGCUGGGCAGUAUGAACUCGCUCCGAGUCUGCUUGCUAGUGUCCCUGGUGGCUGUACUGACAUCCACCCUUGCCCUCAUUUUCUACUCCAUCGACCUCCAUAACAACCAAGACACGGACUGUUCCAUCAGCAGCUCAGCAGCCCCGUGUGGGGCGCAGCAUUAUGCCAAAGCCUUCAGCAGAGGCGUGAAGUCCUGCCUUCUUGUUUUCACCGUCGUUCAGGCUGUUAUUUCAUCCACUCUUUCAUUCUUUCUGUACAAGGAGAGAUUCACUUCCACUGAGUAUGCGUCUCUCAUGGAGAAUACUCCGUCCACCCUUAUCAACAACGCACCUUCCGACAUCAACUGAGGAAAGCCGUAUGUGUGGACCGUAUCCAUGAAAAUAUCCAAACAUCUUCAAAUUCAGUAUACUUAAUGUAAUACAACUUUACAAUGUUUUCAUUUAUACCCGUACUUAUUUUUUGUAAAAACAUGCAUAUUUUUAUCGUAAUACAAGUCGUAAAAACUA